AUGCAGCAGGACAGUACGGGGCUCCCACGCGCCACGGUUGGGCCCAAGGCCAAGCGCAGGCCAGCAAGCGCGAGCAACAAAAACAGCACGCUCUAUCUAUACGGGUCACACCAAAAAAAGUCACAGGCAGAGUCGCUGCAGCAAGGCCUUCUGCUCGCCGCCCACCGUACGACGGUGGUAAGACUCACACCGACCACCAUGGGCGUCGUGCUCAGCAAGGUCUUCGAAAACCUCUCCUCUUGCCGCGAGGCCGCCGCUCCGGCGGCAGAGGCUGACGUCCCGAUGGAGCAAGCGCUGAGCGAUGCCGAGCUUUCAUCAGAUCACGAGCACGAGGAGCAGCCGCUGCUCCAUGAGUAG